AUGUUAAAAAAAUCAUCAGCUCGAUAUAUCAUUACAUGUUGUAAUGAGUUGAUUGAUGUAUGGUUUGACGUAAUUUCAAGGCAAUCACAAUUAACGAACACUAAUGGGAGAAAGGUUCAAUGGGAUAAAACAAUAGCUGUUUUAGAAAUGAUUGUCAAUAAUGAGUCUAUACGAAAUUGGCCAUGUAAAGUGCAGACAAUAACGGAAGACACAUCAGAUUCGGAAUCAUAUUUUCGAAACAAAAUACCGAGAUUUAGGUUUGGUGCUUCAAAUUCUAACAGCAAAUCCUCAAUAACAGCAUGGAAAACAUUGAAGCCUAAACCUUGUUCUCCAGAACGUGACUGCACCAUAUCUAAUGCAUGGAAUAAUGGUAUAUUGUUUAGGAUUUGCUGCAUGCGCCCAGAUCUAUUAUCAUUUGAAUCUAGUAAAACUUCGUUAUUGACACGUCUUCUUUUGAACCAUUUGACAACUAAGGAACCACCGACAAAUAUAACAGGGCAUAUAAUUUUACCAAAAUCUAUAACGUAUCGUAGGGAUACUUUUUUGCAAUCAACAUUUUCAGAACAUCCGGAGCUGUGGAUAUUGCUUAGUUUUCUAGCAAAUGAUUAUGUAAUGUUUGAAGAGCUUUUUAACUCUAUCGUUCGGUCUCUUUUUGCGAUGAACAUUACUUUUUGGUAUCGCGUAAGGGAACAAACCCAAAAAAAAAAUCAAAUAGAAUUGGAUACUGCAAUACGGCUUGUCGAAAUUUUACAGAAGGCACGUUAUAUCCCUUCACCUCUGAAAAAUGUGGGCUGUCUAUUGCCUCACCUUCAAUCGAAAGAUGUUGGAUAUUUAUUAUUUGAAUCUAUAUGGAAGUUUGUAUUAGAAAACCGACAAUUAUGUCCAUAUUCGGACGACUAUGAUAUGUUUGAAGAACAAACCACACUGAAUAAUCAUUUAAUUCACUAUUCAGAGAGAGUGAGUGCGAUUAAGUUGAUGAUUCAAAAAAACAUUUUAUCCAUUCCUGAAAUACUACCUCCUCACCUUGUUAAUUAG